AUGCCUCAGAACGAAUACAUCGAAGAGUCCAUCAAACGGCAUGGCAGGCGGUUAGAUCACUUUGAGCGCAAACGCAAGCGCGAAGCGCGUGAAGCCCAUCGUGCCUCCGCAUAUGCCCAAAAAGCCUUUGGUAUAAAGGGCAAGCUGCUGCACGCUAAACGCCAUGCGCAGAAGGUUCAGAUGAAAAAGACACUCAAGGCCCAUGACGAACGUAACGUCAAGCAGCCUGACUCAGGAACAGUCCCAGAUGGUGCUCUCCCUACAUUCUUGCUCGAUCGUGAGGGCCAGAAGGAUGCGAAAGCCAUGUCUAGUGCCAUAAAACAAAAACGGAAAGACAAAGCCGCAAAGUAUGCUGUCCCGUUGCCGAAAGUCAGGGGUAUCGCAGAGGAUGAGAUGUUCAAGGUUAUGAAGACGGGGAAGAGCAAGAGCAAGGCAUGGAAGCGGAUGGUGACCAAGGCGACGUUUGUGGGUGAAGGAUUCACGAGAAAACCCGUGAAGAUGGAGAGGUUUAUCAGGCCUAUGGCUCUGCGGUAUAAAAAGGCCAACGUGACCCAUCCUGACCUGAAAGCGACAUUCCAACUUCAAAUUUUGGGAGUCAAAAAGAACCCACAAUCACCAAUGUACACCCAACUAGGUGUUAUGACAAAGGGAACCGUGAUCGAGGUAAAUGUAUCAGAACUCGGUAUGGUCACUGCUGGAGGAAAGGUUGUGUUUGGGAAAUACGCUCAAAUCACGAACAACCCAGAAAACGACGGCUGUAUCAAUGCUGUCCUGCUCGUAUGA